UGAAAAUGCGUCUGAUUUCCAUCCAGCCCACAGACCCCCACCUGAACCUGGAAUUCGUCGACGAAAAUAUACCGCCCUAUGCCAUUUUGUCGCACCGAUGGGGGGAAGAUAAGGUGUCAUUCCAGGAUGUACAAAAAUUGACACCACCAGUGGGGAAGGGAUAUGAAAAGAUUCGAUAAUGUUGUGCAAUGGCUUUUACAAAUGAUAUCCAUUAUGUCUGGAUUGACACUUGCUGUAUCGACAAGACAAGUAGCAGUGAAUUGUCAGAAGCCAUCAACUCGAUGUAUUGCUGGUAUCGGGAGGCCAGAGUUUGCUAUGCCUUUUUGGCCGAUAUCAAGACAGUGGAUCAAGUGCCACAGAGCCAAUGGUUUACAAGAGGUUGGACUCUCCAAGAGCUGAUUGCUUCAGCUGAGAUGACUUUCUUUAAUCAAGACUGGAGAGAACUGGGGUCGAAGAAAGAGCCGAAAGAGCUGAUCUCUGGCCGUACUGGUAUUGCAACAAGUAUUCUGGACCAGACUGCCGAUCUGGAAAGUGUCUGUAUUGCGCAGAGAAUGUCUUGGGCAGCCAAGAGAGAGACGGCCAGAUUGGAAGAUCAAGCAUAUUGCCUGUUGGGGAUUUUUGGUAUCAACAUGCCCAUGCUGUACGGAGAAGGAAAGAACGCGUUUAUUCGACUACAAGAGGAGAUUCUCAGAAUCUCAAGCGACGAGAGUAUUUUUGCAUGGAAAUCCAGUCACGGCUAUCGAAGCGGUCUCCUGGCUGAUCCCCCCAGUGCAUUUGAAGACUGCGCAGAUAUCACCAUCUUCCAAUCGUCAUCAAAAAUCCCUUGGAAUCUGAGCAACAAAGGGCUAUAGCUCGAACUAAAAUUUGUGCCACUUGGCCCAGGCGGUCUGGGACUGGCCAUUCUAGGUUGCCAAAAGAGUAGGAAGGAAGAUAAGGUUAGAAUUGCAAUUUAUCUGAGAGACACUACCCUCACCCUGGAGCGAUUCAAAAGGGUUCGAUGCAAUAAGAUAAGGUUGCUCGAUAUGCUACAAUAUAGUCGAUUUGAUUUCAAGCGACGGUUGAUGAACAUUGACUGGCAUGAAAGAUACACAUGGAUACAUAUCAAUAAUGGAGUGGACAAAAAUGGAUUUUCAAA